UUAAAUCUUUGCAGGUGGAUGGGUAAGACCUCCAUUGACUGGUUAUGUUGUGGGUAGAUUGGUGUUUUGUCAGAUGACAGAUGGCACUCAUUUAAAGCUAAAUGCAUGCUGGGAAACUGCACUCUCAUCUUAUUGGCGUUUUAAGACGACCAGCAAAACCCAACCUCUGUGUUUUCAAGUGCAAAAAGACAUAGGCAACAUUUCUGCAAUGCGUGCCAUGACUUACAGUCCACGGAAAUGAAAGAAAGCAAGAUUGGAUGGAGAAAAAAUGCAUAGUACAUAGAAAAAAAUACGAGCUGCAAUGGAAUACUGAGAUUAUUACUGAUCGAUUGAGCUUUGGAUAUUGUAUUUGAGAGGAAUCAGAGGUUUCGCUGAUCUUCUCUUGAUGCCUCUGCAGAAAGAGAUCUUGAAGGAGGUUUGGACGGAGGACAGUCACCCUAAUGAUGACUCCAAAAGGUCAGUACAGAAGACAAAAAAGAAGAAGCCGGGGGCAGAUUCUGGAAAGGCCAAUGGAGCCGAAGACAAACCGAAAAAGAGCAAAGCUAAAAAGACUGAAGAGUUGUCAGGCGAGGAGGAGAAUACGCCUUCAAAGACAGAGAGCAAAACAGUAAAGAAAAAGAAAACCGAGAAGGACAAAGAAGACAUAACAGAGAAGAACACAAAAAAGAAGACCAAGAGUACUCCUAAGAAGAAGAAAGAUUCUGCUGAUGAAGAUGAUGGGGAUGAUGAAGAGGAGACCUCACAGAAGAAGACAAAGAAGAAAACCACCAAAGAAAGCUCCCCUGCUGGCACCAAAGAAAAGAAAUCAAAGGCCAAAGAGAAUAAAGGUGAAUCAGAAAGCAAAGGAAAGACAUCUAAGGCAAAAAAGGAGCCAGCUUCCAUGUUUCAGAUAAACGGAGAUAAACCAGAUUUUAUCGCAAAAAAGAAAGCAUCUGCUCCAGCCAUUAAGUCCGACAGCGAUGAGAGUGAGCCAGAGACUAAACCCAGCAAGAGCAAAAAGAAAUCCUCUGCCAACUCCACCUCCAUGUUUCAAGCUGGAGACAAAGACAACAAGAAAAAAGACAAGAGUAAUAAGGACAAAGAGAAGAAUAACAAGAAAAAGAACGCUGCUAAAUCUGAUGAAAGUGAUGAUGGUACAGAAGUGCCCAAAAAGAAGAAAGGCAAAGGAAAGAAAAGUAAAAAGGAGGAGGAGAGGCCUCCAUCACCGGACAUUGAGUUCGACGACCUUGAGGAGUUUGUUCUUCAGUCUGCGCCUCAGGGAACCACCAUCAAGUGUAAACUGACGCGAGAUAAGCGCGGGAUGGACAGAGGCUUCUACCCCACCUAUUACCUCCAUUUAGACAACGAGAAGAAGGUCUUCCUAUUGGCUGGUCGAAAAAGAAAAAAGAGUGCGACGUCAAAUUAUUUGAUAUCCAUAGAUGCCACUGACCUGUCACGGGGAGGAGAUAAUUUUAUCGGAAAGCUGAGGUCCAAUCUCAUGGGUACCAAGUUCACAGUGUUUGACAACGGCCUCAACCCUGACCGGGCCCUCAGGGACAUGUCUAACGCCCGGCAAGAGCUAGCGGCUAUCAUUUACGAGACAAAUGUGUUGGGGUUUAAAGGGCCCCGAAAAAUGACUGUGAUCAUCCCAGGCAUGGAUGACGACAACGAGCGAGUGCCGAUACGUCCACAAACAGACAACGACAAUAUACUCGUGCGCUACCAGAACAGACAGAUGGACAACCUGAUUGAACUCCACAACAAAACUCCAGUUUGGAACGACGACACGGCUUCCUAUGUCCUCAACUUCUCUGGACGGGUCACACAGGCCUCUGUCAAGAACUUCCAGAUCGUCCACAGCAAAGACAAUAGCUACAUCGUGAUGCAGUUUGGAAGGGUGGCAGAUGAUAUGUUCACUCUGGACUAUAAUUACCCCAUGUGUGCAGUUCAAGCCUUUGCUAUCGCUCUGUCCAGCUUUGAUGGCAAAUUGGCCUGCGAAUGAACACGAGGCACAACAUUCUACGACCAAGAAGAGUCACAUCUUUGCAGUCAAUGCACAAUAACUUCAUCAUCAGUGUGGAAAAUGCAGAAAGAUGUGCUAUCUGAUAAUGUGGGGCAUUUUUAUAAUUCUCGCUGUGCCUGAAUGCGAUUGGGAUACAUUUAGCUCAGAUGCAGA